AGGUUCCCACAGCCCUGGAAUGCAGACCCCACACCGGGGAGGAGGGGAGUGGCGACGGGAGGAGAGCCAGGGUGGGGGCAGGGCAGAGCCUGUUAGGGGAUGUUCCGGGAAGAGUCCACAGAUGUACAGGGUGUUAGACACACUCAAGAAAGGGGUGCCCAGGGAGCCACAGAGCACAGCGCUGGUGGUUAUGAAGAGCUGCUUCAUCUCUGCCUGCUGGCGCUCAGCCUGGUUUACAGGCCACAGAACCUGUUCUGCACAGCCAGCUCCGUUGGGGGAAAAACAGUGCUACUCUGCUGGUUGCUCAGGCGGGGCCCCUGGAGCCCCCCAGCUCCUCCGCCCCCACCUCCAACCCGCUGGCCGCUCCUCCAUCUGGCACCUCGCCUGCCCUGGCCCGCAACACCAUCCUGCCCGCUCUGGGACAGCAGCCCCCCACCUGCUCUGCUGCCCCCGGCCGUCACGCGGGCUGUUCUGUGCACAGCUGUCGGAGGGGCCUCCUGAAGCACCACAUUUGCUUUUGAUCAGGAUGAUUUGAUGUCUUAGCAUCAAACCCUCGUUAACCAUGAUGGCUACACAGAGACUGAGUGUCGACAGCUAUCAAGACGGGCAGCAGAUGCAAGUCAUAACGGAGUUAAAGACUGAACAAGAUCCCAACUGCUGUGAGCCUGAUGCUGGAGGAGUGAGCCCUCCCCCUGUGGAGUCUCAGACACCCAUGGAUGCGGACAAGCAGGCCAUCUAUAGGCAUCCACUCUUUCCGUUAUUAGCUCUGUUGUUUGAAAAAUGUGAGCAGUCCACGCAGGGCUCCGAAGGCACGACCUCGGCCAGCUUCGAUGUGGACAUCGAGAACUUUGUGCGGAAGCAGGAGAAGGAAGGGAAACCCUUCUUUUGUGAAGAUCCAGAAACCGACAAUCUAAUGGUGAAAGCAAUCCAGGUUUUGCGUAUCCACCUUCUUGAGCUGGAAAAGGUUAAUGAGCUCUGCAAAGAUUUCUGCAGCCGAUAUAUUGCUUGUCUGAAGACGAAGAUGAACAGUGAAACCCUGUUGAGUGGAGAGCCCGGAAGUCCGUACUCCCCCGUGCAGUCCCAGCAGAUUCAAAAUGCCAUCACGGGCACCCUCAGCCCCCCGGGGAUCGUCGUGCCCGCAUCAGCGCUACAGCAGGGAAACGUCGCUAUGGCAACGGUGGCAGGUGGCACCGUGUACCAGCCUGUGACAGUGGUCACUCCCCAAGGCCAGGUGGUGACCCAGGCGCUGUCACCUGGGACCAUCAGGAUCCAGAACUCACAGCUUCAGUUACAGUUAAACCAAGAUCUCAGCAUCUUACAUCAAGAUGAUGGCUCAUCUAAGAAUAAAAGGGGAGUUCUGCCGAAGCAUGCCACAAAUGUGAUGAGGUCUUGGCUCUUUCAGCACAUAGGGCAUCCGUACCCAACAGAGGAUGAAAAAAAGCAGAUUGCUGCUCAGACAAAUUUGACACUACUCCAAGUUAACAACUGGUUCAUCAAUGCCAGACGACGAAUUCUUCAGCCAAUGUUAGAUUCUAGCUGUUCAGAGACUCCAAAAACAAAGAAAAAAACUGCCCAGAACAGACCAGUUCAGAGGUUUUGGCCCGACUCCAUCGCAUCGGGCGUCACACCAGCACCCACGAACGAGCUCACCAUGUCGGAAGGAGCCGUGGUCACCAUCAGCGCACCCGUGAGCAUGAACGUGGACAGCCUGCAGUCCCUGUCAUCCGACGGGGCCACGCUGGCCGUGCAGCAGGUCAUGAUGGCAGGGCAGAGCGAGGACGAGUCGGUGGACAGCACGGAGGACGAGGGCGGUGAGCUCUCCGCCACCCACAUCGGCGGGCUGGUCCUGGAGAACAGCGGCUCCCUGCAGUAGGGACAGGAGUGGGCGCCGCGGCACGGAGGGGCGGACGCGCCUGACUUUUUAUAGUUUGCACAGCAAACAUUUUACACAGUUUUAUUUCUAAUAUGUUUUAUAUGUAGAUAUAGAAGAGUGCACUUUUUGUAUUUCAUAGUAAGCUUAAAGAACGUCUUUGCAGGUUGCAGCGACUUCUUUCAAGUGUGUGUGUGUGGGCUUCUGAAGACAGUUCUUAUGAGGUUUAACUCUAGAUGUGUGACAAGUGACAGGCACCUCUCGAGCCCCUCCGUAGACUGAGGAGUCCACUGCCGCUGUCUAAACGGUGAUGCAGUUUCCUUUAGCUCCGUGGGUUCAAGCCCGUCUUGGUGGGCUGGUUUCUCUGCACAGCCCCCGGUGUUUGAGAGAAGGUUCUGCACCUUAAACUGCCAGCGUGAGGUGGACGACAGCACACAGAAAUAAACCAGGUGUGAUUCUCAGUGAAUGUAUGGCGACUUGAAGUAAGUUUAAUUCCUCUCAUGUCCAGUGAGCCUGUUUCAUUUGCUAUAUAUAAAAGAAACUCCUAUUUUUACCUUGCUGGAAUUAUUGGAUAAAAAGCUAUUUUUAUAAAUUCGUUAUGAAUUGGAUUACGACUGUAUUUGAGGAUAAAAUUUCUAGACAAGAAACAAUACACGCUUAGUAUUUCAAUUUGGAAUGUUCUGAAUUGACCAAAUUUAAAUGAGCCUGCCCAAAGUUAGCUAGCAACCCAUGGUUCUCCACCAUCCCGUGCUAGUAAUUUACAUUUACUAUUAUAAAAUAAAUAUCCAACACAAUUUUGAUAUCUUCAAAUUUUCAUUUCUAUAUAAUGCUGAGAUUGCAUUUUACACGUGAUCUCAACUUCUGUCUAAAAGUGUUUUCUCAGUAGGAUGUCAGGUCAGUCAGCGAGAACGGCAGCCACGGUCGGUUAACAGCUCUUUGGCAUUUGUGUUCUCUCAGUCUAAUUUAAACUUGACUACAGUUGCAUGUUUGUCUUUACCGUGGUAGCUCUGUAUUGUUUUAGAAUUUUAAAAUCAACCCCAUGUUAUGCAUAGAAUGUUUGUUAUAAACUAACAUAAAAUGUCCUCGGUCCCGUUGGUUCUGAGCUGGAGUCCGUCCCAGGCCUCCAGCCUCCGCGCCAGGAUUUGCAGGUCUCCCUGCAGGGCUGAGGAUGUGACCCUCCCCUCCACACACAUGGGCCGUGGGUCCUGGGGCCGGGUUUUCUCGGCAUCCAUCCGUGUUGGAAUUUCCAGAGCUCUUCACUCUGGAUCAUAGGGAUUCAGAACAGUUUUAGGACUUCUGUUCCCUGGUGACGGGAUGAACCAAAAGAGUAUAUUGGUUUCUGUUUUCUUUGCUUUUGAUUGGGUUUCAUUGUUUACUUGCAGGGGGGACUUUUUCUCAAGAGAGAACAAACAGGCCACCUUGUUUCAUCGAGAAUUUCUUUCUGUAAUCUUAAAUGGAAUGCCCAGACCUCGACUUGUUUAUAAAUAAUAGGUUUAUGGUUGGGAAGGUCAUCAGUUCUUGAGAUUCAACAAAAGUAACUGGUUAUCGGAGCAAGGCUGCACUGAGGAAUAGUUUAGGCUAAUGCAGAUAUUUUUUCUGGAACUGAUCCCCUCUGCCUCCAACAUGUUAAAGUUAAUUAUACGAAAGUACUUCAUAAGUAACUUAGAAGGCAACAAGAAAUAAAUAAAAAUUUGUUUAAAAAUACUUGAGGAACUUGAAAAGAAGUUCUUGGCUAUUAAGUGUUUGGGGAAGAGAAUAGCAUUUUAGAGUAACUAUUGCAUUCCUUAUUUAUAAGCAGUUUUUAAUAUUUUGAGUCAAGUUUACAAAAGUCUAAAAGAUGAUUUUUCAUUUUUACUUUACUUCGAUUCCAACUUUGUUGGGCUCGUUAAAUCUAGGACUGCUGUAGCCAGCCAGCCUGCCCCUUCCCCUCUGCUCCCCGUCCCCUCUGUCCUGCCCCGUCUGUAGCGUCAGUCAGUGGGGACGUGAGCAGACUGUGCACUCCCCACCAGGAUCACGCUAGGUCGAGCGGUAUUGUUGCCUGCAGGUUGCCCAGGCCGGGUUGGCUGGAGACCUGAGCUCGGAACACGCCGGCGGACGCAGUGUGCAUCCUGGAUGGCCAAAAUCUAUUUCUUAACCCCAGAUUCUUACUUCCCAAAGUCAGGGGGAUGGGAGAAAGAUUUAGAGAGAGGGCACUUUAGGGCAUAGCUUGAGGUCCUGUAACCUCUCCCCAUGAAUAACGAAGGAGCUUUGAAAUAAGCUUUACGCGGCAAGCCAUUUGCCAGCAGAGUUGUUGUCCGUUUAUACCUUCAAAACAUUUCUUUUCCAAUCCUCAGUCAAGAGAAUCUGAAAGUACAUUCCUGUUGAGCUUUCAUUUUUAAAUGAUUAAAUGAAAUCCCAACUUUAUUCUUGUUAAAUUCUUUCCUUACAAAGGCUCCUUUAGAAUGUGAUUUGAGAGCCAAAUUGAGUGUGUGGUUGUUAGUCCUGCUGUCUGACUGUUGAGCAGGUUGCUAGCCUGGCUUUGCCAUCCCCCAAACAAGCCCCAGCUGACGGACUAACUCAGCUUAAAAUUUUUUUUUAUUCCAGAUAGAAAAAAAAAGUUAUCCAGUAUGCAAAGUGAAGUGGGAAGUGGCUCACAGACUGCAUUACUCCUAAGGGUUGCAUGAGUUAUUUGUGUAAAAUCUGUUGCAAGCUCUGCUUCUCACCUGUGGGAGAAGCACAGGUGCACUUUCUUCUAAACAAACUCAGAGGGACCCGGGAGGUAUUUUACCCGAGUUGUGAAAGGCCCAUCUCUGGCAGUUAGUGACAGAAGUAAUUCAGCAACCUUCCUUUGUUUUAGUUAUGUUUGAUCUAUGAAACUGACAAUCUUUAAAAUAUGAAUACUGUAACAAUGUUUUCAUGGAUUGUUGUCUUUAAAGGGAUUUUUGUGAAGCAAUUGAUUUAUCGAAGAAAAAAAUUAAAAAUAGAAACA